AAUAAAGUUACAUUAAUGUGAAGUGUAUGAUUUUUAAUUAAUAACAAUAUGUGUAUGGUGAAUUACGUAAAUCUGGCCACGACCAAGUGGUGAUGAAGUUGAACCAUUCUCUUAAGAAAUAACAGUCAAGAUUAAGUGCUAUUCAAUAUGUUGGAAACAAAAAUGAAGUCCCAACGAAUUGUAUAUUUGGACUUAAUUUAGUUUGCUACAUACUUUAAUUAACAACAUAUGUGAAUUAAGUUAUCCUAUGAUAAGAAAUUAAUGAAUUAUAUUAAAUGAAAACAACCAAUAGACAAGAACUAACAUAAAAGCAAGCCAUUAAAACAUGCGAUGAAUAAAAAAUACAUGGGAAAUAAAAAGGUACCUGCGUAACAACAAUAAAAUGUUAUGUAUCGACUUUUAAGUAAUUUUCGUCACACCUAUUAUGACUUGUAUAUAAGUUUUUUUAAAGUUAAUCAAACACAAGUGUGAAAGAAAAACGUGUGAAAAAAUUUAACAUAACAAACAGUCAGUGUUGUUCACUUUGAUGGAUUAAUAUUUUUUUUUGUUGAGUAUAAUUUACUAUAAUGUUUCAGUUACAGUUAGUUUUUAUAAGAAAAGUAUCUGGAAACACUGCUUGAAGUUUGUGCAUAAACACAAGAAGAUAAAGAAAACAAAAUUCCAUACAGAGUAAGAUGAACAACUUAUUUCAUGCAUCACUGAACUUGAGCACAGUAAAGCACGACGUCAUUGUAAAGCUUCACUAUGCGUAAACAUUGUGCAGAUUGUGGUAAGAAACAAAUAUUUCAAUACUGCUUACUCGAUCACUAAGUGGAAAUCUAACUUUUUCAUUGACAGACAUGGUAUAUGUUUUUUUAAAUGUUGAUCGAUUUUAAAGUUAACUUAAAAAGUUAGAGAAGACAAAAUGGCAGUUCCAGCACCUCCACCUUACACAGGUGCCGAGAUGAAACUUGUUCCUGUUUAUUUGUCACCAAGUCAAGGAGGGUUGUUGCAACACAGUGGCAUGCAGCAACAGGGGUUGUCAUACCAAGGUGGCAUGCAGCAACAUGGGUUGUUAAACGAAGCAAAACAACCACCAACUCACAGCAUGGCAAUAAAUAUAAAACCAGUCAACCUUCAAAUGGUGGCAUCCAAUAUUACAACUCCUCCUGUCGCAGCAACACACCACAAUCAACAAAUAUUUCUUGCACAAAAUCAACGAACAAAUGAAGAAAUAGAAGAAGAAAAAGAUAAAGCAAAGAGUAAAGCCACACGAGAUGAGUUGUGUUGCACAGGUUUAUGUGUGGUUGGUGUGCUUGAAAUGCUUGGUGGGAUCGCUCUUAUUGCAAUCGGCCUAGCAACCAUGCCGUUCUUUUGUGUUGCAAUGGUUACAUGGCCAGCGGGGGCAGCAAUGAUGAUGCCGAAGCCGCCACAAUAACCGGAGGGGAAGUUGCUCGCCAAGGCGCGAAAAAAAAUAAGAAAAAGGCAAAGGAACAAAACAGGACCCAACAGGCAGUGUUAUACAGUAUAAGUCCUUCAGAAAAUGUAACUGCAAUGACAGCAACAGCAGUUUCCAUGACACCAGUGAAUCAGAGGGCAAACAAUAUGACAUACAACAUGGGACAAUUCAAUUACCAAGAGCAAGUGUAAAACAAACACAAAUAAAUAUAUGUUUCACAUGGUGUACCGUGUACAUAUUGUUUUUGUGCAUAACACUACAUAACCAAAAUUACCUAACCUAACUGUGUAUUCCUAAAGGUAAAAAGCAAAUCAACUAAUUGUGUACAAUUUUUUAUUUGUAAAUUUAUAACUUGCUUUAUUUUCCAACCUACUGCAUAAGUGUAACUUAAGAUUUUGCUUUUAAUAAUUUUAAACUUAUUCUUAUUACCGUUUAUUUCAUCACUUCAAACCUGUUAUAACUUUGUUGAGUGAUAAAUGAAAACAAAUGCUUGUAUAAAAUAAAAGUCCAGGUCAUUACAUCAAAAAUGCAAUAAAUGCAUGAAUGUAAUAAAAGAUUAUUUUGUUCAGUCAACACACUAAAUAAAUUUGACAAUUUUAACCUCCUGUGUUGCGGGGAAAUGUCAGUCGUUAUAACACAGGUGUUCUGUUUUAUACACCAUGUAAGUAACUUUGUGGGUAAUUUUGUGUUAUUAUAUAAAUGACAAUAAAAAUGGCCGAUAAU